AUGGCAAAGAAUGUGAAUGAUGUCAGUUAUCGAAAGGUGGAUGUGGAUGCUCUGGACCCAGAUAAGUUCAAGGACGUGGCAGAACCAGAAUACACAAGUCACGGACCUGGGAAUGGACCAAACGAGAACAAUGUAAAGCAACUUCUUCAAUCGAAUAAAUUGGUGGAUGCUCUGAAAGCCGUUCUGGAUGAUCCUCCUCUCAGGUCCACUGAUCAGGCUUUGAAAGAUAAGGUUUCAACUCUGGUCCUCAAAGUUCUUACAAGCUUCAAGAAUGCCGAAAUAGAAGGAGCCAUCAAGAAUCUGAAUACGGAAGAGGUAGCGUUGCUAAUGAGAUAUGUCUACAAAGGGAUGGAAUUGCUGGUGGAUUCCCAGACAAGUCAACAAUUAUGUGCAUGGCACGCCCAACUCUUCCAGGUAGGGGGAUACGGGAUAAUCACUCAGGUACUCACAGCAAGAAACCGACUUUAA